UUAAUCAUCCCCGAGUGGUGGAUGAUUACCUAUAAAAAUCUAUUCUCCCAGCCGGCUGGAGCGUCAGUAUUGGGCAAAGGAGUGGAUCAGUGAGAGCGUCGUGUUAACAGUGACUACCUCGAAGCAGCCAACAAUAGCCAGCAUGAUCGCAGCGGCAAUGAAAUACGUUGCACUGGGGCUGGUGCUGCUUGCCGUCAGUGCCCGGGCGGAACCGGGCGAAGUGAUCCCGAACCAUCCGAACUGUCCGGAGAUGCAGGGACCGUUGCCGCACUAUUUUAUUCAUCCGACGAACUGCAGCCGGUUCUACGAAUGCCACAUGAAGGACGCAUGGGAGUAUGAGUGUCCCGCCGGGCUACACUUUAACGUCGCCAUCGAUGUGUGUGACUUUCCCGUCAAUGCGAAAUGUGAGUCCCAGUCGCCGGGUGAUCAGACCACGACGACAUUAAGGCCGACAACUACAACAUUAAGGCCGACAACCACUACAACCACUGAUUGGAUUACCACCACAACAACGGAGGCUACUACUACAACAACAUUUCCAACAACAACUACAACGAGUGCUCCAACAACACCAUCACAAUGGACUGAUCCAACAAUCACAACAACUACACCAAUAUGGACUGAUCCAACAACAUGGUCUGCUCCAACAACCACAACAACAUGGAGCGACCAACCACCACCACCACCUACAACAACGACAACAGUAUGGAUAGAUCCAACAGCCACAACAACAACGCAUGCUCCAACAACCACAACAACAUGGAGCGACCUACCACCACCACCACCUACAACAACGACAACAGUAUGGAUAGAUCCAACAGCCACAACAACAACGCAUGCUCCAACAACCACAACAACAUGGAGCGACCUACCACCACCACCACCAACUACAACAACGACAACAGUAUGGACGGAUCCAACAACCACAACAACAACGGAUUACACUACAGCGUACCCUCCAACAACUAACGAACCCCCCUCAACACCGCAUCCCACCGAUCCGCACUGUCCACCGCCCGGGGCGACGCUGCCGAACUACUGGGCGCACGGUACCGACUGUUCCCGGUACUACGGUUGCCUCGAAGGCUGCGUCAAGGAGUUCAAAUGUCCCGACGGGCUGUACUGGAACGAUCAGCAGAAGCGCUGCGAUAGCUACUCCAGCUCACAGUGCGGUUGUCCGGACAUCCCGCCAGCACCGAACAUGUGGCCAUCGAUGACGUCACAAACACCAUCGGCCAAAGCUUGGCCAUAUCCCAAGCCAUGAGUGUUGUGUGCAGGUGAAGUGUCUAACGAGUAGUGUUUAAUUACAGCUUAAUGACGAAACAUACUAGAAAGUGGGGCAUUUUAUGGCAGAGGAAGUGACGCAAAUGACCCGCAAUAAGAAAUAUAAGAAUACAAAUAAGCAAAACAUAGUAA